CCGACUGAUGUGAAAAUUUUUAAUUCAUUUUACAAUUAAGUAUUAACAUUAUGUUUCUUGUGUGAAUAGAACAUAUAAAGUUUUGCAUACUUGUUGUAUGCAACACUAAAUACAAAAUUUCGACCAAUGUGGAGUGUGCCGUGUUCAGAAGCGUAUUAAAUUGCGAUGUCUGUCGUAGAUCACUAAGAGCCUUUUGAUUAGGUUUUCGCACGUCCUAUAUCGAACAAUCGUGGGUUUUUAUGCUAUUGCAAAACCACGGAAGAGUUAUUAUAGUAAAAAGUUUGAAGUUACGUAUGGUGUGUGGUGCAGUGCAGUGGUGAGUGGUGUGGACUGCAAUGAAGCAGUGAAGACGGCCGGGGCCGAUCCAGGGUAGCUGGGUGUCAUGUUGGAAACGCGGUCCGUUCGAGCCGCAGACUCGGUGUGGGCGAACAAGCCGCUGCCGGCGCCUCACGCCAUGGCCAACUCGAGGCACGGUAAAAGUGCUCAGGACGACGUCUGUUACGUGGUAGCCAAGUAUGAUUACGCAGCCCAGGGUGCGCAAGAGCUGGACUUGCGUAAAAACGAACGUUAUUUACUCCUUGACGAUUCCAAGCACUGGUGGCGGGUUCAGAAUGCUCGCAGCCAAUCUGGAUAUGUGCCCAGCAACUAUGUUAAAAAGGAGAAACCUUCUUUAUUUGACAGUAUUAAAAAGAAAGUUAAAAAGGGAUCCGGUUCGAAAACCUUGCCAUCUAGUGGUUCCCCUGUUCGUGGGGGCUGCGGCGGUGGGGCGGAGUCGCCUGGUGGGCGGCGUGUUGAGCCCACCGAAGCCCUAGGGACUGCAGUGGUCAAAUAUAAUUAUCAGGCUCAGCAGCCUGAUGAACUGUCUUUGACGAAGGGAACAAGAAUACUCAUACUCGAGAAGAGCAAUGAUGGCUGGUGGAGGGGGCAGUACCAGGGGCAUACUGGGUGGUUUCCAUCAAACUACACAAGUGAAGAAGAUGGUGAGGAUACAGUUCAUACAUAUGCCAUGGCCGAAAAUGUCCUCGAUAUCGUCGUGGCACUCUACUCAUUCACCUCGAACAACGAGCAAGAGCUGUCGUUCGAGAAAGGUGAUCGUCUAGAAAUUAUUGAGCGACCACCUUCCGACCCUGAAUGGUAUAGGGCCAGGGAUUCCAGAGGGCAUGUCGGUUUGGUGCCUCGGAAUUACUUGCAGGAACUGGCUGAUUACUUGGCUCAGCCUUACAGCGAGGCCAACGAGACCGUGCCCCGCGCAGUGGGUGGGACGAGUUCUAGUGGGGCGGGGCUUGGGACACGCGCGUGGUACUACGGGGCCAUCACACGCACGCAUUGCGACACGCUACUCAACCAGCACGGGCAUGACGGGGACUUCCUUAUACGGGAUUCUGAGACUAAUGUUGGCGAUUACUCGGUGUCUCUUAAAGCGCCGGGACGCAACAAGCACUUCCGUGUGCACGUAGAAGCAACGCUCUAUUGUAUAGGCCAACGUAAGUUUUCCACGCUCGAUCAGCUGGUCGCGCAUUACCAACGCGCGCCAAUAUACACAAACAAACAGGGAGAGAAGCUUUAUCUCGUCCGACCACUUCCAAGAGCCACGCAGAACUGCUGAGCGGUUCAGGUUGAGAAGUGACUCCAUGCGAUUCCAGACGGAAUCGGUCACUCUUCUCAGAUUUGAAUGUGUUAUAGUCAGUUUUGUAUGGGGCUGAUUCCGUAGAUAAGUGACUCAAUACUUAAGUAUUUGAUUCCAAACGGAAUCGUUAAACAGUGAGUUUAUAAAGGGUUAGAAUUUUGUUUGCUAUAGAGUCAGUUGUUAAUGGAGUUGAUUCCGUGGAGAAGUGACUCCAUACCUGAUUCCAGGCGGAAUCGGUCGCUGUUUCUGAAGCAACAGAUCUUUAUUAUUUGGUAAUGAGUCAGUUGUUUGAGGAGUUGAUUCCGUAGAGAGUGAUUCCAUACAUGAUUCCAAACGCAGUCAGUGAGCAUCAAAAUAUUAUUUCGUAUAGCGUCAGUUGUUUAUGGAGUUGUCGAUUCCGUAAAGAAGUGACUUCAUACUUAAAUGAUUCCACACGGAAAUGGUUACACUCUCGUUCCGCUUGAAUAACAUUGUGACGUAAAAUUUUCCAUUCUAAUUAAAUCUGUUGAGGUAGGAGGAUCCGCGACACUGAUUCCAAACGGAACGUGUUUCGUAUAAAAUUACAUGUUUAUUGACUUCGUAGAUACGGGAUUUUUUUCAUAACUCUAUGAGUUUGGAAUCAAAUCAGUAUCGAAUGUAAUCAAUUCCGUAUGGAAUCAAUUUUAUAAAUAAUUCUGUUUGGAAUUCAUUAUUCACAGAUCAUCAGUUUUGUUAGUAAUCAAUGCAGUUUGGAAUCGAUUCCGUAUGGAAUCAAUCUUAGUUUCUGAGACGAGACUUUGACAUUUACACUAAAUGUGACCUUGCGUUAAAAAUGAAUUUUUGAAUGUGUCAUAUAUUGGGCAAUGCAAGAAAAACCUCAAAAUUACAGUCUAUGGUUCCUCUUUAUCAAAAUAAUCCAAAAGUUUAUCGAAAAAUUGUGAAAAUAAUCUUAUUAUAUUUCGAAUUAUGCCUAUAUUGUAAAGGUAUUUAUGUCCAUAAAGCCUAGACAAAUCGUGUACUCACUACUUAAUGUUUUCACGCCCGGUAUAACUAACGACUAGUUAAAGCUAUCAUAUAACAGUUAACAAUGGUAUAGCAAUGUAUAUUAUAAUUUAAACCUUUUAAUAAGUAUGGGAUGUAUUGAUAUAUUUCUAUACCAAUGCGAUAACUGAUUUAACACAUAUGAAAUUGCUUAGUGAUGUGCUAUCGAUAUUUUAAUAGACUGACGAACCUUAAUGGAUUAGUGACGUGGCAUGGCCAAAUAACACGAAACUAUCGAUAUGCCACAUCACUACUAGCUAGUAGUCAUAGUAUAUUGCGUUGAAGCAACGCCCGUAAUAAACCAAAAAUUGGCUUGAGCGUUCUCUAUUAUAAUUAGGUAAGCAAUUUCUAUAUCAUAUAUAGAUGUAAGUUAGUGUAAUUUAAAUAUAUAGUUAAAUAUAUUGGACACACGAGUCGUUCGUCUAAAAGUUUACGAUUCGUUGAAGACCCGUUGUACACGGGGGAUCCGCAAAUUGUCCAGUGUAUGUACGGACUUGACGGACGCAUAUAUUGUGAUGUUUGGCUACUAUAUUAAUGUAAGUCACUAUCAGGGAAUGGAAACGCCUGGGAACGUGUUUUAUGAUGGAAUUUUAAUUGAGUUUUGAUAAUAAAAUUGUAUGGGAAACUUAAAAAGGCACAUAAAAUGAAAACUCUGUUUUGAUAAUAUAAUUGAUUGAUGCAAGGAAAAAUUUUGUGCUUUUCCCAUAAAACUCGGAAACCUAGGGAAUGGAAAAGUCUAACACCAGAGUCGACAACGAAUUAGUUAACUCAGAUCAGAUCGGGAUAAUACGGGGAUAAACAAUAUUUGAAAAAAAAAAGCAAGGAGUAACUACAUGAGUUGAUAAUUGUCUUAAUAGGUCUGUAGCGAUUACAAAAAUGUUUAAGCCAUACUCGUUUUUUUAACACAUCGCUGAAGUAAUCUUGGAAUUGCUAUCAAAGUUUUGCUGAUUUGGAUACUAAUUGAAAUUUCAAAUGAGUUAUAAAACCUCCUUUGCCUAAACCAUUGACAGCGACAUGCAAACGUCAUUGAACAUUUCAAAAUGUCAUACGUCAGACUAAAGUUACUUUUAAAAUGUAACGAAAUAUCAUUAGACAACUACAAAUGUGAUUGUAUAUAAAAGCUCUGGGAAAUCUCUAAUAGAAAAUGAUUAACAAAUUGAAAUAAUUGUUUAUCCACGUACGGGUCGGAAUCUCGGGGAUCUCUGACGUGGCUAUGCUAGUCAAUACGCCGGCAUCACACGCUUCGCCUACUAUACCAUAAACAGAAUUCGUUCAAGAGUGACAGAAAUAUUAGAAAAGUUAGUCUACCCACAUAUUAGAUUAACUUAACAAUGAUUUUACAUUUUUUUUCUCUUUUUUGCAAUUUUUUGUCUCGUUCCUUUGGCGCCUAUAAGGCGGCGAUCUUGCGUCUUGCGAUAGAAAUCUGGCAAUGUUUUUCUGUCUAUGCAGAAUGGAAUAAGGGAGCGUUCAAGUACCUAUUACGUCUUUUACUUGAAACUGGCGUUAAGUCAAAACUAUUGCCACGCAAUUUUUGGAGAUUGUUGACCA